AUGGCUUUCCAAGUUAUUUCCGACAUCUCCCAACGCUCCUAUCGCACAAAGUCGCGCAAAGGCGGCCUAUGGAAGAAACCUUUGCUAUUUAUGGGACAUAGAGCGGCUGCUUCAGGUCAGAAGGCGGCGUUCAUUCGCGGCGAGGGAUCGUCUGCGGACGGCCGUGACAAUACGGUCACAAGCAUCCUUCGACCUGGGAAGAUGCAGUCUAAGCUGGAUCUUCUUGCAUCUCCCAUCGGCCUUGACCGAGACUAUACAAGCGACAUGACGAUGACAAGCCGUGAUCGGUGCGAGACACUGAGUCGCGCUAAUGCCACGCCGCUGGACCACAUUGAUCUCCAGUCCAACAACUACCCGACCAUUCCAGUCCAACUCCGACCCAUCGGACCUUUAGCAGGCACAGCUCGCUCGCGGCAGCCCACCCGAUAG